AGGUGUUGAGUGGGGUAAAAGUCUUAAAACAGAAUCCAGCAUGUACGCCAAAGGUAAAGGAGCUGUCGUCCCUUCUGAUAGUCAAGCGAGAGAAAAGUUAGCUUUAUAUGUGUAUGAGUACUUGCUUCAUGUUGGCGCACAGAAAUCAGCACAGACCUUCCUAUCAGAGAUCCGAUGGGAGAAGAAUAUCACAUUAGGAGAGCCUCCUGGAUUCCUGCACUCAUGGUGGUGUGUAUUCUGGGAUCUGUACUGCGCAGCACCAGAUCGACGGGAGACAUGUGAACAUUCCAGCGAGGCCAAGGCUUUCCACGACUAUAGUGCGGCAGCAGCUCCCAGUCCUGUGAUGGGCAACAUGCCACCCAACGAUGGCAUGCCAGGUGGACCCAUGCCUCCCGGUUUCUUUCAAGGCCCACCCGGGUCACAACCAUCACCACAUGCACAGCCCCCUCCACACAACCCCAACAACCCCAUGAUGGGGCCACACGGCCAGCCUUUCAUGUCUCCACGGUACCCAGGUGGACCCCGCCCAUCACUCCGCAUGCCAAAUCAGCCUCCUGUUGGAGUCCCGGGGUCACAGCCACUUCUGCCAAACAGUUUGGACCCCACCAGACCGCAAGGACAUCCAAACAUGGGCGGCCCAAUGAGGAUGAACCCACCCAGAGGAAUGGGAGGCAUGGGCCCACAGAACUAUGGUGGUGGAAUGAGGCCUCCUCCGAACUCUCUCGGCGGUCCAGGAAUGCCUGGCAUGAACAUGGGUCCUGGCGGUCGAGGGCCUUGGCCGAACCCAAACCCAAACUCAAUAGCAUACUCGUCUUCAUCACCAGGAAACUAUGUGGGGCCUCCAGGAGGUGGCGGACCUCCAGGAACUCCCAUCAUGCCAAGCCCAGGAGACUCAACGAAUUCCAGUGAAAACAUUUACACAAUGAUGAAUCCGAUUGGCCCUGGUGGCAACAGACCGAAUUUCCCAAUGGGUCCGGGGCCUGACGGGCCAAUGGGGGGAAUGGGAGCGAUGGAGCCGCAUCAUAUGAAUGGGUCUUUAGGCUCAGGUGACAUGGAUGGGUUGCCAAAGAACUCUCCGAACAACAUGGCAGGCAUGAACAAUCCCCCAGGGACUCCACGGGACGACGGGGAGAUGGCAGGCAACUUUUUAAACCCAUUCCAAAGUGAAAGUUAUUCACCCAACAUGACGAUGAGUGUGUGAUUCUUCUCUUUUUUUAUUUUAUUUUGUUAUUUUAUUUUUAUUUUUUUAACACCUCCCCCAUCCUACUUCCUGUUCUCCUCGUCUCUGCUGCGUUCGGCAUGUUGUUUUGUUUUGAUUUUAUUUUAUUUUUUCGCUCAAUCUUCAACUCCCUCCGACACUCUUGCCUGUUUUGCGAUGACGCUCUUCAGCUGCUCGGCGAAACAGCGGAGCGAAGGACGUCCAGGACAAAACCCAAAGCAAACAGGCAUCGGGUCACAGGAAGAGCCUUCUGAUGGACUUAACCUGCCUGCUGGGCUUCGUGUCUGGAUUGGGACAAUAAUGGCCCCCGUUUGAACCACCGUGUGCGUGUUUGUACGUGUGUGUGUGUGCGUGUUGGACUGUGCCAGGAAGACACUUCACAAUGAGCUGCGCAUCAGCAUUGAGGCUGGUGGCUUUAUUUCAGCCCUGUUUUUGUUUUCUUUCAUUUAUUUUUGUUGUCUUUUUAUCAGCAACGAAACACUGAAACUUGCGGUUGUUUUGAUUGCUGUGUACAUUUUAAAAUGGAAAACGAAGCUAAACUGGUGACGCUAGGGGGCAGGAACGGUCUCAUUACAAUAUAUUUGUAUAUUAUUGAUAAUAUUAUUGUUAUAAUUUUCAUAAUUGCUAUGAUGAUGAUGAUGAUGUACGCAUAAUUUUAUGGAUUUUCCUGUAAAGGGCACAUUUGUAUCUCAACAACAUCAGAAUGACAGAAUAAGCACACAUUCAAAUGCACAAUGACACUUCUGUUUACAUGAUUUUAGGUAUUUGUUUGUCUCUUUGUUUGAAGUCGUUUCGUCGGAUGUCUUUGCAUAUAUACCUCUUCCUGUGUUCUUCAUCGAACUGAUGUCAGCGCUAUUUCUCCAAGAUGUACAGCCUCAAUUUUGUGUGUCUAUGUCAACAAAGUGGCUACAAUCACUGGUUUAACGCACCCGUCGGCACUGUAUUUAAAGAUUAGAGUACAUUUUGGCGUCUGCAAGGCGACGUUUUCAUAUUCACUGCCAUUGCAAUUCACUCCAUCAAUCGAACUAAGCAAACCGGUCAAUAAGGAAUACAUUUUACCAUCCAUUCUAGACAACUUUAUCAUUCGCGUUCAUUGUAAUUUUGCCACUACGUGUUUUUGCCACGUUGUUUUGCAAGUCUUUUUAGAAAUAUUACCCAUGUGUUUGUAAAAGUAGUUGGAGGCAGGCUGCUCUUACAAGCACGAGUUUCUCCUUGUGCUCUAUAGUCCCAUGUCUGUAAAUAUAACUUUUUUUUUUUGUUUGUUUUGUUUUUUGGGUCAUGGACCUUAUUGGUAUUUUCAAUACACUACUUGUCUGUGAA